ACUGCAAACUUGUCAAGAUGGGCUCUCUGCUGCGGGGUGAAGAAAUGUGUUUGGCACAACUGUUUCUUCAGUCCGGAUCGGCGUACGACUGCAUUGGUGACCUAGGGGAACUGGGCAUUGUGGAGUUCAGAGAUCUGAAUCCCAGUGUUAACGCAUUUCAACGAAAAUACGUGAAUGAAAUCAAACGAUGUGAAGAGAUGGAGAGGAUCCUUGGUUAUCUGUUAAGAGAAAUCAAGAAAGCUGACAUUUCAUUGCCGGACGGGGAUGUUAAUCCGGCGGCUCCUUUACCGAAGCACGUAAUGGCGAUAAUGGAGCAGCUCCAGAGGCUGGAAGUGGAGUUGUGUGAAGUCAUGAGGAAUAAGGAGAGAUUGCAAAAGAAUCUGUUGGAGCUCACAGAGUACACGCACAUGCUGCGCAUCACUUGUAACUUUGUGCAGAGAAGCGCCGAGAGAGAGCCAGUGCAAGUUGCAUACGAAGAGUUUCCUUUCCUAGAAAAGAGCACAGUGAUGGAUUACAGCAGUAUGCAGAGGCUGGGAGCCAAACUCGGUUUCAUUUCUGGGCUCAUCCAGAGGACAAAGAUUGAGGCCUUUGAGCGCAUGCUAUGGAGAGUGUGUAAAGGCUUCACCAUUCUCAGCUAUGCGGAAAUCGAGGAGUAUCUCCAAGAUCCUGACACUGGCGAGCCCACCAAAAGUGUGGUGUUCCUAAUCUCUUACUGGGGAGAGCAGAUUGGUCAGAAAGUGAAGAAGAUCUGCGACUGUUAUCACUGUCAUGUGUAUCCAUAUCCCAGUAGCAACGAGGAGAGGAAUGAUGUUGUACAAGGACUAGGUACUCGCAUUCAGGACCUGCACACUGUUCUUCAUAGAACAGAAGAUUACCUGAAGCAAGUCCUGAUCAAGGCGUCCGAAUCGGUCUACACGUGGGUCAUACAGGUCAAGAAGAUGAAAGCUAUCUACUACAUUCUCAACCAGUGCAGUUUUGACGUCACCAACAAGUGUUUGAUUGCUGAGGUUUGGUGUCCCGUCGAUGAACUUCCCACGCUGAGAAGAGUCCUCGAAGAAGGAUCGAGGAAAAGUGGCUCGACCGUUCCGUCCUUUGUCAACCGCAUUCCUACCAAUGACACUCCACCUACCCUGAUUAGGUGCAACAAGUUCACAGUUGGCUUCCAAAACAUUGUGGAUGCUUAUGGAGUGGGGACAUACAGAGAAGUCAAUCCUGCACCUUUCACAAUCGUUACAUUCCCCUUCCUGUUUGCGGUGAUGUUUGGAGACAUGGGUCAUGGUCUUCUCAUGGCCGCCUUUGCUUUUUGGAUGGUGUUGUGCGAGAACAACCGCAAGCUUAAGAACACCAGGAAUGAGAUCUGGAACACAUUUUUUGAGGGUCGUUACAUCAUUCUAAUGAUGGGCCUCUUCUCCGUUUACACCGGCCUGAUAUACAAUGAUUGUUUCUCCAAGUCUAUAAACAUCUUUGGUUCUGGAUGGAGCGUCAAAGCAAUGUUCGCCGCUAAUGCGUGGGAUGCCAAGGAUGUUAACAGCAAUGGCUUUCUUACUCUGGAUCCGAAUGUCACCGGAGUGUUCAGUGGACCGUACCCUCUUGGAAUUGACCCAAUUUGGAAUCUGGCAUCAAACCGUCUCACUUUUCUGAACUCCUACAAAAUGAAAAUGUCGGUAAUAUUGGGCAUCGUUCACAUGAGCUUUGGGGUAAUCCUCAGCACUUUUAAUCACUUGCACUUCAGGAGGAAGUACAAUCUGUACUUGGUAUUUCUUCCUGAGAUCCUGUUCCUGCUGUGCCUUUUUGGUUACCUGGUGUUUAUGAUACUCUUCAAGUGGCUCUUCUUCUCCGCCACAAACUCCAGACAGGCUCCAAGCAUCCUCAUCCACUUCAUAAAUAUGUUUCUCAUGCAAGGUGACUCACUGCAGCCGCUCUACCCAGGGCAGAAUGGCUUGCAGAUAUUUCUGGUAGUCGUCGCUGUGCUGUCAGUGCCCGUCUUGCUCCUCGGGAAACCACUCUACCUCUUUUGGCUUCACAAAGGAAGCAAUCGGCUUCAAAUGUACAGAGGGUACGAGCGUGUGCGUCGCAGCAGUGAGGAGGAGCUCUUCUUGUUGCGGACUCAAGACAUGGAGGAGGGCAGCAGUCACAGCGAACUGUCUUCGAGUGGGGAGCAGCACUCAGAGGAGUUUGACUUUGCCGAUGAGUUUCUGCAUCAGGCCAUCCACACUAUUGAGUACUGCCUGGGGUGCAUUUCCAAUACCGCUUCUUACCUGAGGCUCUGGGCUCUGAGUCUGGCACAUGCCCAGCUAUCUGAGGUACUAUGGGCCAUGGUGAUGCGAGUCGGCCUGCGAAUGGAAUCGAUUCUUGGGGUUUUAUUCCUAGUGCCGGUGUUUGGCCUGUUUGCCGUCCUCACCGUGUCCAUCCUGCUGGUGAUGGAGGGCUUAUCGGCUUUCCUCCACGCCCUUCGACUGCACUGGGUGGAGUUUCAGAAUAAAUUCUACAGCGGAACGGGAGUCAAGUUUUACCCAUUUUCGUUCUCUCUGCUGCCCUCCAGCUUUGAACAGGAAGGUUUACUGUGAAGCAAAAGGACGUUGGAUGUUUUAAAAAGCCAAAAUGUGAUUGUUCCAGUGAUUUCAUGAACUGAUUUGACCCCCACCCUCCUCCCCACCUCCUUAAACCAUUUCUUUUUCAAUGUGUGCUGGACUUUUAAAAGGACCACGACCACCAACAGCAUUUAAGGACACUGCCAGCUUGAACUGUACCAAAAAUACUGUCAAUUUUGUACCACUGUCAACAUUAUGCUUCACUUUAGAGUACAGUUAACGGUUUCAUUUGCAACUUUAAACAUUGUAACUGCUGAAAUUGGUCUUGGACGUCAGUUUGAGGAAGCACGUCGCUCAAGUUUCCACAUCCGUUAUUUAAUAGCUGACCCUUUUGUUGCACUGCUUGCCUUAAUACAACCAAAUCGCACCAUAGACGAGCCCUCCAUCACCUUGUGUUCUAGAUUUCUGAUAUCAAAAUCCAUGCUUAGUGAUAUUUUUCUAGGUUUAUAAAUCUGUAAGGCGUACAUAUUGAUACUUUUACGGAUGUUUUUUUUUUUAAUUUAUUCACUUUUAAAAUGCUUCAGAAUUAAAACUGAAUGCAUUGUUGAUUUUUUUUUUUUCUUCCUUCGACAAUGUCAUAUUUGUGCAGUAGCUGACAGAUAAAAAUCUAACUCUAUAAUUAUUGCUGUUUAGAAAGAUACCGGCUCUUCGAUGGUUAACAGUCACGAUGCAGCACUUUUAUCAAAUGUGAUUAUUCAGUGAAAUCUGGCGUCAGCGGUGUGUUAAAUUGUUGCUUAUUGGUUAUUAUGGCCGCCCUCUGGACUGAAGGCUAAUUUGGUUUAUUUACUCCUAAUUGUUGUCUUAUGUUCUCUGGCAGAACAAAGUCAUAUUUGUAAGAUCCCAGAUAGUUUUGACGAGUUGUGAUUUUUAGCAAUUGUAUUAAUUCAUUGUUGUCAUAGCCAUUAAAGUUAAGUUUAUCUCGCCA